AUGGUCGCAACAGGUAGUAGGGAGGCGGUCAGGCUGUAUCGUGAUAUAAUGAGGACACUUCGAACAUUCAAUCACCCAAACGAACAGGGUAUACCAUGGAAGGUAGUGCUAAGAGAGAGUGUAAGAAGAGACUAUGAGAACUCAAAGUAUGAGACGAAUCCUGAAACACUGAUACAGAUGUUGAUGGUCGGACGAGAUUGUCUAAUGAAGAUACAAGAAGGAGUCAUAACAGGCAAGGUGGAGAAAGAUGCUGACUUGCCACCAAGUGGCAACCCAUUCCAGAAGCUG